GCAACUCUGUAGUUUCAAUUUCAAAACGGAAUAGCAUUUUUAUUGGUUCCGCUGCACAACGUUCCCGUGAUGUUAACAAGGACAGUUGUUUUAUUCAAGAAGCUGUUGAUAGCUCUGGUAUUUAUAUACCCGGAGUAGAUCUACUCAUAGACGACUCUGAAUGUGAGCCCAUCGAUCUUAUAUCUAGGUUCAGCAGAACUCCAAUGUCUUCACCCAAAAUAGUUGACCCCGGUAGCACGAUAUCAUGUGCUCUUGCUGGACCUCUCUCUUCGUCUCAUAUCUUCAACCAGCUAGAUUCCAAUGUCGCACAAAGACGUACAUCUUCGGCCGCUACAUCAUCGCUGAGUGCUGUUUCUGCCGGAAUGGAAUUGAGUAAGGCUACGAAGGAACGUUGCGCACAGCUAAGGCAACGUCGGCGAGCACAACCAACCGAAAGACAACCAUUACCUGCUUUGCAUCUGCACCUAUCAAAAGAUGGUACAAGUCCCCUGCCUCCAGGGUGGCAAAGAGCACCAAAUACUAGGCGUUCGACAGAAGGGCAAGAUCUAGGGGAUAGUUCUGGCACAUAUGCUUAUUAUUAUUACCAUGUCCGAACUCGUCAAACUAGGUGGGAUCCACCUGUAUAUCCAUGGGACGCCGAUCCUACGGAUACCCUUCUUGGUGAAACCGGAGAGGAUGACCCAGAAGCUCCUUACAAUUGGGGAUGUGCGUCGCGAUUCGCUGUCACACACGAAGAAAUUGAAGCUAUGUAUAAUCGCGUCCGUCAACGAAUAUUGGAACGUCAGUGUAUUGAUCUUCUGCAUGAAUUGGCAGGUAGACCAGAUGCUCCUCAGGAUGUAACUGAACAAGGCUUUGCCAUGGAAUUAUUCACUUUGGUUCACAAUACGUUACGUGGCUUUCGUGAUGCUCGAUGUAAACUUGGUCGUAUUGUUAACGAUGAAGAUUUAUACUACUUAACAAAAAAGCUUGCUCAGGCCGUAAUCCUAAAAGAAAUACAGAAGUUUCAUCAAACCCAGGCAGCGAACACUUCUUUAUUUUCAACUGUUCUUACUCCUGAACUUCCUUUGACAGUGCGAUCAAGAGUUACCACUUAUGUUAGGCGAUACAUGGAGUCUAAGGGAGCAUUCUAUCGUCGCCGAGUUCAGCUAAUACCUGCAACGGGUAUUUCUCGUCCGGAACAGGCAGCUCAUCUAAAACCAGAUCCUGCUAUUUUUAAGCCAUCUGUCAACAGUAGCAUGCGUUCUCGACCUGUAACGCAUCCUCAGAAUUUCAGCAAUGUAUCUCACCAUACAAAUUAUGUAAACAAUGCUUUUACGCAAUCUGCUCCUCCCAUUAAUACUACUGCAGUUAUUCCAACGCGCCGCUAACAACUCAAAAGUAUUGCUUCCGUCAAUAAUAUCUGUAAUUGUAUAUUUUUAGAGGGUUCCUUCAUUCAAGUUGCUAUUUUGGAUUUUUAUCCACUUGUUGCUUUAUAGUUAAUUUUCCUAUCAUAGUGGUCAAGUCUAAAGCAGGUGUUAGCACCGCAUAUGUUAUCGUCCUGUCCUACAUGAAAGUGGUUAUGUCGGAUACUCGAUAACUAGCUUGCGGUUUAAAUAUGGAAAUUAUUAAUUUUUUAUUUAAGUCUUUUGUAAAUAAACUUACAAACUGAUUCCUUUGCAAGCUGUUUAGUGUUAUUUUUUCCCAAGUCUAUGUCCGUAUGUUGUUAUUGCCCCAUAAUCUCAUCAAGUAUGCAAUUUUCCGGUUUUCUAACUUUUGCAUGUAUUUAACAAAAAGUGCAACGGCAGGUGUGAUACGGGUGUUAAUAUAAGAUUUGUACUAUUGAUUUGUAAUAAAAUUAUAAUGAGAAUAUUUUGUAAAUUUUUUUACGUUUCCGAUGUAAUAAUACAAUUUUGGUUAUGCU